AUGGUGAAAUGGGCAAUCGAAUUAAGUGAGUAUGAUGUGGACUUCGAAUCAAGGACAACGAUCAAGGCGCAGGCCUUAGCAGAUUUUGUACAAGAAACCACCGGGUCUAAAAAACAAAAACCUUGGUUGGCAGCGGUGGACGGGUCAGUAACCAAGGAAGGAUGUGGUGUUGGCAUUCACAUUCAAACAUCAAUGGAUGACAGCUUGCAAUUUGCUAUCAAGUAUGAGCAACGACUAUCUAAUAACGAAGUGGAAUAUGAAGCUGUGAUCAAGGCACUAACCAUCUUAGCAGAACUGGGAGCUGAAUCUGUUCACGUGAAAUCUAAUUCUCAGCUGGUGGUCCAACAACUAUUGGGGGAAUAUGAUGUCCGGGAAGAAAGAAUAGCCGCGUAUCAUGUCCACGCCCUUGAGCUGAUGACGAAAUUUCAGGACUGCCAUAUUGAGCAGCCUAACCAAGAAGGAAAACAACAGGUACUCAGUGUGGAGAUCAGAGAGGACUGGCGGACCCUGAUCAUACACUUUCUUAAGACAGGGGAACGAUUAGACCCCGUGGUCUCACAGUGCUACCUUUAUGGCAGAUAUCGCUUGAUCAAUGAGCAAUUGAACAAAAGAUCCUUCACUCGCCCAUUAUUGAAAUGUUUAUCUCCAAAGGGGGCACAAUUUGCUAUCAGUAAAAUUCAUCAGGGCUGUUGUGGGAACCAUGCUGGUUAUAAAGACUUGAAGAGGAAGAUUGUCAGAGCUGGGUUUUACUGGCCGACAAUGGGAGAGGACGCCAAAGACUUCGUUAAAAAAUGUGUGGUAUGUCAGAAGUAUGCUGCUCGCAUUAAUACGCCGGGGGAAACCAUGGGAACUAUGUAUGCUACCUGCCCCUUUGACAAGUGGGGAAUCGACAUCGUAGGAAAGCUCCCUACUACUCCUGGGGGGAGUGCUUUCUCAUUGUGGCGAUAUGGAUCGCCAAUGGUGCUCGUCUCUGAUAACGGGUCACAGUUAACAGGGAAAAUGAUAGAGGAGUUUUGUCACCGAAUGGACAUUGUCCACAGAUUUGUAUUUGUGGCCUACCCACCAGCAAAUGGACAGGUGGAGCUUACCAAUCGUAUCAUUUGUGAAUGGCUGAAAAAGCGACUGGAAAAGAGUAAGGGCAGAUGGGCAGAAGAGUUGGAUGGCGUCCUUUAG